AGUAAAAACUAGCAAGAUCUUGAUGGACACAGCAGCCAUUUUCAUUCUUAUGAUUUUUUUACUUUUCUUUCACAUGAUUCAUGCUGCUGAACUCAAUACCAUUUCAAAUACACAAUUCUUGACGGAUGGGGACACAUUGGUCUCGGAGACUGGCAUUUUCGAACUGGGAUUUUUCCAGCCGGAUGGGUCUGAGAAUGUUUAUCUAGGGAUCUGGUACAAGAAUAUCACUGUUCGAACAGUUGUUUGGGUUGCCAACAGGGACCAUGCGGUCCUCAGUGUAACACCACUUGUGUUAAAGAUUGUUGAUCCAGGAGCACUGGUCCUCUUUAACAAUAUGAGCAUGAUUUGGUCAUCUAAUACAACGACAUCAGGGAAUGCAAAUGCACGGCUUCACGACAGUGGAAAUCUAGUCUUAGUGGACCAACAAGAAAAGGUUAUGUGGCAGAGUUUUGAUUAUCCAACUGAUACUCAACUACCUGGAAUGAAAAUAGGGAGAGAUUACAUAAAAGGCAUCGAAUGGCGUCUAUCAUCAUGGAAGAGCAGCCAAGAUCCAGCUUCAAGUGAUAUUACGUGGGGGGCAAACAUACACGGUUAUCCUGAAAGCAAACUAAAACAAGGUGCAGUGGUCAUAUACCGUGGUGGACCAUGGAGUAAUCAACGCUUUCCUGGGUUGAUGGCGUCGACCUUGACAUAUGACGUGCUUAUUAUUAAAGACGAGGACCAUCCUGAAUUCAUCUGGACACCUAGAAGCUUAUGGGUGGGUAGACGCGAGUAA